GCUCGCAGGCUCCUUCUUCCCACCUGCCGUCUUUAGCUCUGUCUUUGCUCUCUCCUUGGAUGCUGUCUGUUCUAUUGCUAUGACGGGGUGACAGACUCCCCCCAAACACAGUGACUUAGAGCAAGGACCCUUUUAUUAUGUCUUGAGAUUGUGUAAGUCGGGAAUUUGGGAGAUGCUUCUGCCCUCUGUCUUGUGGUUGGAGGUUACUUGGUGGUGUUGAGCCAGUGGAUGGGCAGGGCUAGGGAGUCCACGGUGGCUUCGCUGGUAUCUGGCCCCUUACUGGGAAUGGCUGGAAGGUGGGCUUCAUGGGCACGUCAUUCUGAGCAGCCACCUGGGGCCUUUCCGCAUGAUGGUUUCGGGGUCAGACUUCUCACCUGGCUGUGGGCUGCACCAGAGCGAGAGUUCCAAGAGCCCUGGGUGGAGGCUGCCGGGCUUCUCAUGAUAUGGUCUAAAGUGUCACCACUUGAAAUGCCACUAAGCGGAACCCAGAUUCAAGAGAAGGGGAUUAGACCCGACCUGGGGUCUAGGGAAGAGUAGCAAAGACCAACCACGAGUUUGCAGAGUCCUGUGGAUCUGAAAUGCCCGUGAACUCUCACAUCCCCUGGUGCAGCUUCUCCCCUGACCUCCUAACUGGAGCAUUCGUCUCCUCCUUGACAUCUCUCUGUAAGUGUUUCGUAGGAUCUCAGAAAUUCUUGAUUCUACCCCUAUUCCUUUCUCCCUUGGUCUCCCCCAGUUCUGUAACCAUCGCCACCAUCUGCCCGCCGCUUGUCCAAAGCCUGAGUCCUCCCUGCACCCUCUCUCACUCUUCCUCAGGGGAGCCAGCCACAAGUGGGGCUGAAUCUGCCUCCCAAGUAUACCCGAGUCCAUCAUCUCUCUGAUUCAAAAAAUAUAUAUGCAUAUUUUUGGUCUUUUUCCAAACCCUGUGUCGAGGGCUGACGUUCGGUAGGUUGCAGCAAGGGAGCUGUUUUGCUGUGUAUGGGACCCUGACCUAGGAGCAGGUUCCCCACAAACGUGCAGUGCAUGGCAGGCGAGGGGCAGCCACCUUUCUCCACUCCCCGUGUCCUAGGACAAAGGUAUCUUCACCCCAGGCCCCGGUCCUGCUGUGCAGUGGCUGGCUGGUGGGGAUGCUGGAGAAAUGGCUAUUGGAAGCCAACCAGCGUUCCCUUGGUGAUGUCAUAUGGUUCCACCUGGCCGGAUUCUGACUCAGGCACACAGUCAUCAUCUCACAGAUGGUAGCCUCGCCCCAUUGCAUCACCUCUCUUUGGACGGAAGCGGUCCCCAACGGGGGAGGCUCCCUGCUUCUCUCUCAUCCGGCAGCCUGCCCCCACGGAGCUGGAGCCGCAGAGGGAUCUUAAAAUGCAGGGCCUGGCCUCUGUGUUCUCCAACCGAGCAUCCAAGAAGUCGGCCCCCCGCUCUGAGAACAACAUGGGUGACGGCGAGGGCUAUCGGAACCCCACGGAGGUGCAGAUGAGCCAGCUGGUGCUGCCUUGCCACACCAACCAGCGCGGCGAGCUCAGCGUCGGGCAGCUGCUCAAGUGGAUCGAUGCCACGGCCUGCCUGUCUGCGGAGAGGCAUGCUGGCUGUCCCUGCGUCACAGCCUCCAUGGAUGAUAUCUAUUUUGAGCACACCAUUAGUGUUGGACACGUGGUGAAUAUCAGGGCCAAGGUGAACCGGGCUUUCAACUCCAGCAUGGAGGUGGGCAUCCAGGUGGCCUCCGAGGACCUGUGCUCUGAGAAGCAGUGGAACGUUUGCAAGGCCUUGGCCACCUUCGUGGCCCACCGCGAGCUCUCCAAAGUGAAGCUGAAGCCAACUACACCGCGGACGGAGGAGGAGAAGAUGGAGCACAGCGUGGCGGCCGAGCGCCGGCGUAUGCGGCUGGUCUACGCGGACACCAUCAAGGACCUCCUGGCCCACUACGUCAUUCAUGACGACCUGGAGAGCAAAGACUAUAGCCGCAUGGUGCCGGCCGAGAAGACCCGAGUGGAAAGUGUGGAGCUGGUCCUGCCCCCCCAUGCCAAUCACCAGGGCAAUACUUUCGGGGGCCAGAUCAUGGCCUGGAUGGAGAACGUGGCCACCAUUGCAGCCAGCCGGCUGUGCCACGCCCACCCUACGCUGAAAGCCAUUGAGAUGUUCCACUUCCGGGGCCCAUCCCAGGUGGGGGAUCGCCUGGUGCUCAAAGCCAUCGUGAACAACGCCUUCAAGCACAGCAUGGAGGUGGGCGUGUGCGUGGAGGCCUAUCGCCAGGAGGCUGAGACCCACCGGCGGCACAUCAACAGCGCCUUCAUGACCUUCGUGGUCCUGGAUGCAGACGACCAGCCUCAGAUACUGCCCUGGAUUCGGCCUCAGCCUGGGGAUGGUGAACGGCGAUACCGAGAGGCCAGUGCCAGGAAGAAGAUCCGCCUGGACAGGAAGUACAUCGUGUCCUGUAAGCAGGCAGAGAUGCCUCUCUCUGUCCCCUGGGACCCUAGCAACCAGGUGUACCUGAGCUACAACAACGUCUCCUCCCUGAAGAUGCUCGUGGCCAAGGACAACUGGGUGCUGUCCUCAGAGAUCAACCAGUUCCGAGUGUACACUCUGGAGGACGACAAGUUCCUCUCCUUCCACAUGGAGAUGCUGGUGCAAGUGGAUGCAGCCCAGGCCUUCCUGCUGCUCUCAGACCUCCGUCGGAGGGCCGAGUGGGACAAGCACUACAGGAGCGUGGAGCUGGUGCAGCAGGUGGACGAGGACGAUGCCAUCUACCACGUCAUCAGCCCCCCCAUCGGAGAUGACCCCAAGCCCCAGGACUUCGUGAUCCUGGCCUCUCGGCGGAAGCCUUGUGACAACGGGGACCCCUAUGUCAUUGCGCUGAGGUCAGUCACGCUGCCCACGCACCGUGAGAUGCCAGAGUACAGGCGCGGAGAGACCCUCUGCUCGGGCUUCUGCUUCUGGCGCGAGGGGGACCAGCUGACCAAGGUGUCCUACUACAACCAGGCCACCCCGGGCUUUCUCAACUACGUGACCACCAAUGUGACUGGCCUGUCCUCUGAGUUCUACACCACCUUCAAGGCUUGUGAGCAGUUCCUCUUGGACAACCGGAAUGAUCUGGCCCCCAGCCUCCAGGCUCUCUAGGCACCUUCGAUGGCUACCUCGCGCCCACUCCCACUCCAUCCUGCUAGAGGACACACGUGCCGUGCGCUAAGGAAGACAGAGGCAUUUAUUCCUUCCCGCCUCCCCCGUGGGAAGCCUUGACCCGGGGGUCUGCUGCCCAGCACCCCUGGGUGGUCAGUUUCUGCCCACAUUGGCCAGCAAGUCUGCACGGUCACUCUGGGGUAGCCUGUAGUAGACUCGGGUCUUGUCCACAGCCCUGGCUGCCAGGAGCGCUGCCCGCACAGAUGCAUAGUGGCCCCGGCCAGGGCCGUGUUCCACUGUGACAGUGGCCCGGGGGGACGCCGCCAGCAGCCUGGCCACGACCCCAGCUGUGCUCUGGCCCAGCGGCCCAGCCUGCAGCUGGAAGGACACAGGUUGCCAGAGGCCCUGGCACAGCUCCAGCAUGUCUGUGACCAGCUGUUCCCUGUAGCCACUGCCCAGCACUUCCUCGGGCCAGCCUGGUGCCACGGUCACGUGGGGGAAAACCUCAGCCACAGCUGCAAGCAGUUCCCUGCCGGUCACGUAGCCAGGGGCCACAAAACUCCCGUGAGAGAUUGUGGCCCCAACCCACACAGGCCUAAGCAGGUGGCCAAGGGCGGAGAGGUUGGCCAGUGUGGCCAGGGAUGGCCGGAGGGCUGUGGGCACUGCCAUGUGCAAGUGGACGCCCCAGGAUCCAGGGCGCAUGGCCAGCUGCCUCAAGCAGGGCUCCAGCGUCAGGGCACGGCCGUCUGGGGCACGUACGACGGCCACAGGGUCCCCAGCUGCAGGUUCCUGAAGGCCAACAUUCAGCAGGAUCAUGCCUUCUCUGUCUGGAAGAGGCAGUGGAGGCAACAGUGUCUAGGGUUUAAGUUAUCAUGGGGUGUCAAGACCCUUGCUGAAGUUGAAGGGACAGCAGGGGGGUAGCGGGAUCUGUGGAUCGGAUCUGGAUUCCAAGUGGAAGGGCUGCUUUAUCAAUGUGCCUGGGCUCAAAGUGACACAAUAAGCCCCUAGCUCAGCUCUGAGCCUUGCCUGCGGCUCAACCCUCGGGACUGUGCCGCCGUUCCUGCGCCCGCCGUUCCUGCAGCGUGAUGUGACUGAGGGCUCACAGGUGCUGGUCUAAAGGCCAGGAGCUCCACACUCAAGACAGCACUCUUGCCAACUCUGCACACACACCCCCAUCACAACCCUAUUGCCAUGGUAACAGAGACCUGCUGUGGCUUCCCCAAGCUUAGGAGCAGAGGGGCUGCGGGCAGACCUUACCUGGGAGGUGCACUGUUGCUGUGCUUCCAUUGCCCUGGAUCUCAGGAACCAGCCACUCCACGCUCACACCCUCCUCCCCUGGGAGCUGGAGAAGAGGGACCAGGCUGCCCCCGGUGUAGUAGCUUUGCUUUCGUGAGGUAUUCGCUGUGGGGCAAAUUGCCAAGGUGAAGCGACCGCCUCAUGGAGCACCUUCCACGCACCUCACAUCCUCUCUAAGCUGCAUAGCAAGCCUCCAGGGAGCUGUAAUUCCGUUUUGUAGGUUAUAGGUGCCUUGCUUGAGACUCUACAGGCAGUGGGCAGAGCUGUUGGGAUUCAGAUCCCAAUGGAGCCAGGUCUGUCCAUGUUGGGUCUGAUGGGUCUCCUUUGGGUUGGUUUAACUAGAGUCUCUCCUAGGUUGGGAGUCAAGGGAGUGAGGGGUUUGGACAAGGGGACAGGUGGUGUCUGGAUCAGUGAUUACCAGGUACGCUGGAGGGGCCAUACUCUGAAAUCCUGGAGUAACCCUCAGAGCAACUGUGAUGCAAGGGGAAGCACAUGGGGUUUGGAUUCCGCUGGUUCCGUUCUGAGCUGUGCCACAUUCAAGCUCAAUGACUUUGUGUAAAUUACUUACCUGCUCUGAACCUCAGUUUCCCUAUCUAUAAAAUGGAAUCCCUGCUUCCGGGAUCUGUGAAGCUUAGCCUCCCUUACUGGGGGCUGGCAUUCAGGUGAUGCUUAAGUGAUGCCUUCUUCCUACCGGCUAGGAUUUUCCCCUUCCAGUGACCUGCCCCCGCUACCUCUGCUCCCGUGUCCACCUGGUGCGGCCUCGCCUAUGAUUCAGCCCCCACCCCGCUCCCCCACCUCCCCACUCUCGAUCCUCCCCAGACCCCGCCCUACCGGCGAGCUGCUUGAACUGCGACAGGAGCGGCUCAAAGAUGUCGUAGUAGAUCUGGUGAGCAGCAGUGUUGUCCCGGACGUAGAGGAGAUCGUCCACCAGCAGGGGGUCUGAGGCGCUCUGCCACAGCGUCAGGCUAUACCUGGGGCCCAGGGAGCUGGCUCAGCGCCUGCCUGGGCCCGGCAGCCCUCAGCCCCACUCUGGUGCUCAGAACUGGACCUUUGCUGGGCGGGGGGGGCGGCGGGGGGGGCGGCGGGGGGGCCCUACCGCAGGGACGAUGGCCUGUGCUGCCUCCUCACUUGAGAGUGUGUAUUUCUGGGUCCCCUUUUAGGAAGGAGACAAGCAUAGAACAGAUGGGCACCUGGGAUGAGGCUCGAGGUCAGGAAUGAAGAGGGGAACGGGGCCACCUCCAGCCUCGUGUGCACAGAGGCAGAAGAAGGCGGUGCUGGGCAGCUUGGGGAGCAGAGUGCAGGGGUGAGGGUGGGAGUUCCCCAAUCCCUACAGAGCUGUCCUGGGGCAGAGACUGCGGGUGCACUGUGGGCAGCCCCAGGUAACCGCUGGCUCCCACAGAGAGGAAGCUGUGGGGGGAAAAUUGUAUCUCAGCAUAAACACUUCCCAACCGGGAGAGUUAGCUGCCUCAGGUGGUAGUGAGCUGCCUGUUUCUAGAGGUAUACAAGCAGAAAGCGGGGAAGGUGUAGAGGGUGUGAGUACCAGGGGAGGCUGGACCAGAGGAUCGUUGAGACCCUCCUAGCCACGGCACCUGGGAUCUUCCUGGGACAUGGGAGUGGGUCUGGAGGGAGGGGGAGCUGUGGCAGGGGCCUGGGAGGUCUCACCUCUCAGAUUGGCCCAGCAACCAGCUGAAGUGGGGCCAGGCAGCCCGCACCAUGACAGCCCGCACAGGGAAGGUGACCCUCUGUGGCACUGGUCCCACUAGCUCCUGCAUCUUCUCCACCAUGGCUCGGCUGUAUGUCCCAUUCGGCAACUGGGGCAGGUAAAGGGUGGUCCAGCCUGGAGACAGGGUUGUCUCAGGAUACUUCUCCUGGACUAAGUUCAGGAACCUGCAGAGAAUCAGAGAUGCUGAUUUUUAGAGUCCCCGCCUCAUUUCCUGAGUUCCCAUCAUGGUGCUAAGAAGAGGCAGGGCCUAUGGCAUCUAGGACAUAAGGUCAGAGUCCCCCAGCAGGGCAUGGACUUUGGAGUCAGGGACAUCUGGAUUUGGGUCCUGACUUUGUGACCUUGGUGGCUCACCCAACCUCUUUGGUUCUCAAAGCUGGCAUCCUUUCAGGCAGCGCAGGGCUUCUUAAACACCCCCAUGGACAGAGAACAUAAUCCAGAGCCCUAGGCAUGGAUCUCUGGACUUUUAGAUUUUAUUUUAAAAUUGCAUUCAAAUUUUGCCCUGAUGCAGAUUUUAAUAGGCAAAUAAAGUUACCUUCUCCCUCUUCCUGAACUAUUGAGUAAAAUCACUCCAAGAAGAUGCAUCGUAUUUAUCUUGGGCCACUGACUAUAUUUUCCAACUCCUGCUUUUCUACGUGCAUCUCAGUUUGAGAAUCAAGAUAAAUGCCGGCUAGAUGGGUUGCUGGCUGGCUGGCUGGAUAGAUGGAUGGAAGGAUGGAUGGUGAAAAAAGCACGGGGGUAGAAUCAGAAAGGCCUGCCUCUGAGUCUCUGCUCUGCCGAUUACUAGACUCAGGCGGGUCAUUAGCUUCAGUGAGAUAGUUCCUGUAUUAAUAAAAUGAAAAUUUACCUACCUCAUCCUCAUUGUAAGAGUUAAAUAGUACGUAACAACUAGAUCCUGUGACGCAUAAUAAACAUUCGACAGAUUGAGCCUCAA